AUGGCGAUGGCUAUGGCGGUUGUUUCUUUCCCAUCUCUACUCAACAAAACAACCUUAUCUUCUUCUUCUUCCUCACUCUUCACUCCAACUUUCCUCACACCAAAACCCUCUUCUCUUCUCACAAAAUCUUCCCCCAAUUCCAAACGAUCUCUCGUCGUCUCAUCAAUGGAAGCUGGAAUCGGCGUCAUGGGCUCGAAGCUGGGGAUGAUGAGCUUCUUCGAAGCCGACGGUACAGUCGUUCCGGUAACCGUCGUCGGUUUCCGUGAAGGCAAUAUCGUGACUCAGGUCAAAACCUUAGCCACCGACGGUUACGACGCGGUACAGAUCGGUUACCGUCGAGUCAGAGACAAGAAGUUAACCAAACCGGAAACCGGUCACCUCCAGAAAGCCGGAGUGAUUCCGUUGAGGCAUCUACAAGAAUUCCGGUUAACAAACGUGGAAGGAUUCGAAACGAAUCAGAAACUCGUCUUCGAUGAGAUUUUCAAAGAAGGAGAUCUUGUUGAUGUUGCAGGAACUACGAUUGGUAAAGGGUUUCAAGGAGGGAUCAAAAGGCAUCAUUUUAAGAGAGGUCAGAUGACUCAUGGUUCGAAGAGUCAUCGAGCUUUGGGUUCGAUCGGUGCGGGGACUACUCCGGGAAGGGUUUAUAAAGGGAAGAAAAUGCCUGGAAGAAUGGGAGGGACUAAGACUAAGAUAAGGAAGCUUAAGAUUGUUAAAGUUGAUAAAGAUUUGAAUGUUGUCAUGAUCAAAGGAGCUUUGCCUGGUAAGCCUGGGAAUCUUCUUCGUAUUACUCCUGCUAAGAUUGUUGGAGUUAAUAUUCCAAAGAACUAG